ACUGGAAGAAGCAGUAGGCUAAAUCAUGGGACGGCGGUCCGAGCAGUGAGCCAGCCGGGGCUGAGGACGGGGACAAAGCAGUGGCAGCUCGAUUCGCUUCACAGUGCGCUAUCACCGCUGUCAUCUCACCAUCCUCAUCAUCCUCAUCAUCAUCCUCAUCAUCCUCAUAAGCAGCAGCAGCAGAGUGCGGGCUUUUCGUGGUGGUGAGAGGCGACGUCGGGCUGACUCGGGAUCAGCCCAUGCAGGAGGAUGGAGGUAGAGAAGAGGACGAAUGGGUUCGACUACCCGGAGAGAAACAACGCAAAGUCCGUUAACGGCUUUUACAGCGAGCAUCCACUGGAGUCAGAACAGAACGACAGCAUGGAUGCAAUCAAUGAAAGUAAUCUAGAUGAUCCAGCUGACCAGCGUACUUGCCUUAUCUGUGGAGAUCGCGCCACAGGACUGCACUAUGGCAUCAUCUCCUGUGAGGGCUGCAAGGGCUUCUUCAAGCGCAGCAUCUGCAACAAGCGCGUGUACCGCUGCAGCCGCGACAAGAACUGCGAGAUGUCGCGCAAGCAGCGCAACCGCUGCCAAUACUGCCGCCUGCUCAAGUGUCUGCAGAUGGGGAUGAACCGCAAAGCAAUCAGGGAGGAUGGCAUGCCAGGAGGAAGGAACAAAAGCAUCGGGCCUGUUCAGAUCACAGAGGAGGAGAUAGAGCGGAUAAUGUCGGGGCAGGAAUUCAAGGAGGACGCCCCAGAGCACACCUGGGGCAACAACGGCGACAGCGACCACAGCUCUCCCAGCAACGGAGCCUCGGAGGGCAACCAGCCGUCACCCGCCUCCACUCUGUCAUCCAAUCGCUCUGUGGAAAUGAACGGCUACACGGCAGCCCUCAGGGACCAGUACAUAAACACCUCCAUGUCCACACACUACCAGCUCCUGCCUCACCUGUUCAGCUACGCUGCCCAGUCUGGCUUGCUGGCCCCCCAGCCCCGCAGCCUCUACCCGCAGUCCCACCCACUGGUGCUGCAGCUGGUGGCUGCUGAAGACCUGGCCCCCCUGGCAACCCCUAUGCUCAUAGAAGAUGGGUACAAAGUGACACAGGUGGAGCUCUUUGCCCUGCUGUGUCGCCUGGCAGACGAGCUGCUCUUCCGCCAGAUCUCCUGGAUCAAGAAGCUGCCGUUCUUCUGCGAGCUUUCCAUAGAGGACUACACCUGCCUGCUCAGCUCCACCUGGCAGGAGCUCAUCCUGCUCUCCUGCCUCACCAUAUACAGCUCCCAGAUCUUCGGAGACCUGGCCAACGUCACUGCAAAGUACACGCCGUCGGACGAUGAGCUGCAGGGGUUCAGCGAGGACGGCAUGGAGGUGAUGGAGAGGUUGAUAUAUCUGUUUCGCAAGUUUCACCAGUUGAAGAUCAGUAACGAGGAGUACGCCUGUAUGAAAGCCAUCAACUUCCUCAACCAAGAUAUCAGAGGGCUGUCUAACAUCUCCCAGCUCGAGCAGCUGAACAAGCGCUACUGGUAUGUGUGUCAGGACUACACUGAAUACAAGUACCCGCACCAGCCCAAACGCUUCCCUGAGAUCAUGAUGUGUCUCCCAGAGAUCCGCUGCAUUGCAGGGAAGCUGGUGAAUGUCCCUCUGGAGCAGCUCCCCCUCUUGUUCAAAGCAGUCUUGCACUCCUGCAAAUCCAGCCUGACCAGCUACAGGACCGGCCCGUCACCCUGCGUGACCACCUCUUCCGGAAACUAGCACCCGACCCCACCCACCCCAGAGUCGAGGGACUGGUCUCCCCUCUUGUGAAUGUGACAAGCAGCUAGUUUGUUUUUUUUGUAACUUUUUUCUUUAUAUAUUUAUUACACGACAGAGCUGAAUGUAUGCUGAUUUACACUGUGCACAUGCUUCUGUACAAAACAAAUGCUCGUAGAUGCAUUGGUCUUUGGAGUUUACAAGUGUGUAUCCAGUUUGCUCAAUGUGUCAGUGUUGCUAUUGUUAGAGCUAGACCUUAAUAGAGUUUAUUUUAUUCAGACGGGGGCGGACAGACACAUGACGAGUGUUUCAAGACUACCUCAGGAAGAUGUUGUUGCUAUUUUUAGGUACCUUUUCUUGCUGUUAAAUGAAGAGUUGCCCAGUCUAAAACCAAAUCCCUGUGGAUGCUUUGGCGCCUCAAUCAGAGACUGAACGUUCAAAGGAGCUGCAUAAAUCAAAGAUUGAAAAGCAGUGUUUUAUUACACUGAAACUGCAAAAUUUAAAUAGCAAAAUUGAGCUAUGUUAUCUUCAUGGACUCCCGCUUAUGGGAGGCGGUCUUGUCAAUUUAACAUUCCAUGAGUUAAGGUGACAGUUGUUGGAUCUGUGGGAUCUUCAUUGAAAAAGGAGCAUACGGGUAUUUUUUACAAUCAUAGACUGGGGAUGUAAGGCUUUAUUGCAGGGGAAGGGGAGGAUAGCUAGGUUUGCUGUUUUUAGUUUUAUUGUUUUUCUUUUUUGACCAAAGUGUUAUGCAAUGCUUUUUUCAAACACCCAUUGAUGGGUCGGAUGCUGAUAGCUCCGCUAGAAAAAAAACUGUUUCUUAUCAAUGAAGGAUCAGGAUAAGAAAAUGAAUCAAUCUGUGUCAGAGGGGAGAACCCUCUGCUGGACAGACGAGUAUGUUGCCGGAUUUCAUUCUAAAUGCUGCUAAACGCACGUUCUUGUGCACACACGUAUUCACAGAGCAGAUGUAUUCCCAGUUUUUGUUUUUCCCUCUGCUUCUCGUCAGAUGGCUCGUUUUUUUGGGCUCUGCUGCCUUUAGGGCCAGGAACUUGAUGCAUUGUAGCCUGCUCUCAGCACACCAUCACCUACAUUUAAGGUCCACGGUAUUGGCUAUGUUUGGUUAAAGGGGUAGUCCGUGAAAUCUUGGCGUUAUAGUAAUAUAUCUUUAUGGGUCAAAAAAAGAAACUGCUAGAACCAACAUGGAACAGACAACAACUGUAUCCAAGUCUGGACAGGAGCCGAAUGAACCUGAGUGUUUGUGGCCUUCAGUUCAUUUGAAGCUGGUGUGGAGCACUAGCUUCUGUUAGCUUAUCCAGCAAAAUGAAAAACCAAGUCCUUGUUACUCUGUGCUCUAAUAACAGUUGAGCAAGCCAUCGGUCGACUUCCUCUUUUCCUGUACUUAAAUAUGCUAUGUGCUAGACUAAUCUAUGUUCAAAAUACAUUUGAAGAUUGUUCAAAGAUAAAAGGGACAUAUAGCUAUUGUUAGCAAAAUGUUAGCCAACUGGCUUGACUGACUGUCGAUUAGCUAGCUAAUUAGUUUUCUGCUAACAUUAGCUAACUAACUUAAGAUGUGACUGUACAUAUGUCACUUUUAUCUUUUAACCGUAUUCAGAAUGACAAAAUAUGCUGGUCUUUUCAACAUAGAUUAGCCUAUCACAUAGCAUAUCCCAGUACAGGAAAGGAGGAAGUUGACUAAAGUUCCGAAUGGGGUCGGUCCAUUCAAAAGUUCCAUUGUGCAGUUUCAGGUCAGUUUUAGAGGAACUUAAACUGUUUUCAGGUUUUGUCAGGUCCAAUCAAAGUUUUGCACAGACCCAAGACCAGUAGCAGUUUAAGUCGGACCUAAUCCAGAUCCAUGGGGCACUAGAAAGUGUUGACCUGAGACUUGGUUCAGGUGUAGUCCUCAUGGUUUUACUGGGUAAGGUUGGCCCAAGGACCAAAAAAGGAUUUUUUUUUUAUUAACUGGCUGACCCUAAGUUAGCAGACUAACACUUAAACCUGGCUAGCAGUGGAUUUUGACUGAUCCAGCCCUUGUCUUGAUAAAUCCAGGCUAGGUUUAGAGAAUUUAGAUGACUUACCUCCGGCUUACAUACCCUCUGUGACAGAUAUGCACAUUGUUUAAAAAAAUGCCAUAGGAAAUGGUCUUUAUUUUUGAAGUAUGAGAUCAAACCGCUUGAAGUGUCUUCUUGGAUCCCUCAAGUUUUUAGCCAUUUCACGAUGUACGAACAAUUUGAAAUGCAGACAAAAUGCAGUCCUCGCAACGACUCUCUUUUUUGCACACGACGGUGAGGUUCGGAGACCUUGACCUCGGCCACUGCCCACCCAGUGUGUUCCUCUCUCUCUCAGGUCCCUGCCGACCUGGAUCUAAACAGGGUAAAGUGAGUGUUAUGUAUUGCAUUCAGGAGUUCCUCAGUGACCAUGCUGAUGUACUUGUAGUAUUAGUAGACGUAGGUUCCAGGACAUUGUAGGUCCUCUGUAGAAAAGUGUUUUGUUUUUCUUUUCCACUUUAUUUCCCUCAAGGCCCUCCCCAUUCAGUGAAAGUUGAUGUAGUUUGAAGGUGAGACACGCAGGGGGAAUUUUUCUCUUGGCAUUGGUGAUGGACAGAGCGAGAGGCAUCUUCAGAAUGUCAAAGCUUCUCUCCUGCUCCCAUCCACCUCUCUGUGUGCAGCCUUAACAGCACCACCAGUUCAAUGCAGUGUUUCUCUUUCCCAAUGUUUCAGUUAGCCUCUUUUCAUCUUUUGAUUUUUAUACAUUUUCAUGUACCUUUGUAGUUAUUGUAAAAGUUUUGGGUUUUUGUUGUCUUUUUUUUUGGGGGGAGUGAAGAAAACCCCUAUCAUUUUAUAAACUUUGAAUGAA